AUGAACAAGUUCCACCAGCCCGUGGUCGCCGUCUCUCAUGGCGCUGGGCCGCUCUGGCUGCUGGACGAAGGGUUCGUGGGUCUGGACAUGCACUCCCAGUCGGCCAAGAACGUGGCCGCCAUCUUCAAGAAGAUCUACUCCAGCGACGCCCAGUUGCCCAAGCGCAUCCUGUUCGUGUCGGCGCAUUGGGAGGCGCGUAGCACCGGCAUCGAGAUCUCCAAGUCCGCUGCGCCCGAAAUGUUCUACGACUACAGCGGAUUCCCCGCCGAGUCCUACGAGCUCGUGUACGGGGCGAAGGGCGAUCCUGCCUUCGCCUCGAGAGUGAAGGAGCUGCUGUCUCAGAGCGGCAUCGCCUCCAAGCUCGUGGACCGCCCGUUCGACCACGGCACGUUCGUGCCCAUGUUCUUGAUGCGGCCGCACGCCGACAUCCCCAUCGUCACCAUGUCCAUCAACGACCGCAUGCUCAAUGCAAAGGACCACUUCGAGCUGGGCAGGGCGCUCGCGCCACUUCGCGACGAGGACACUCUGAUCAUCACCUCGGGCCAAGCCACGCACAACAUGUACGCGGACUGGUUCCCGGAAGACCACCCGAUCGAGCCAUGGGCGAUCGAGUUCCAGAGCUGGCUGGACCAAACGCUCUCGACGGCUUCCACCCAGACGUACAAGGAGCGCAUGGAGGCGACCAUCGCGUGGAAGAAUGCACCGCACGCCUCGGUCUGCCACCGCACCCCCGAUCACUUCACGACAUUUGUGGUGGGGGCAGGUGCCGGCAUGGAAGAGAACCGCCCCGCUGCGAAGAAGCUCAACGGUGGAUGGGGGCUCGGUCACAUGGCGUUUGCUAACUACGCCUGGGGUCCACACUCGUGA